AUGAAUGAUUUUGCGAAUGAGUUUCCAAACAUCGACAAGACGGAUUUGAACAAAGUAUGGGGAAUCCUGUCGAAUUUACAAAACAACAACCCUCAAAAAUACAAAAAGUUCAUGGACCAUAUUCAAGCGUCUCAGAAAAAGAUGAUCGAGCUGGAGAAAAUUCGACCAAUACCAAAAGUCGUCUAUCAAAUUGACGCCGCCAACAUUGAUAAAUUCAAAUGGCAUGUGAACAUUCUUGCUUGGGAGAGAAUGCAGUACCCUAAAGCGGACGGCCCGUUGUCUCUGAUGGCAGGAGCGAAGCUCGUAAAGCUCAACAAAACCGAAAUAGCAUCUUGCAUCGCCAUCAAUCCAAAAGUUUUUGAAGAAAUUUCUGAUUGCCCGGAAAUGGAAAAAGAGUUCAAGCAGCUCGUUGCAAAAUUUGUAGCUGAUAAUUACAAAGAAUACCGAUUCUUUCCAAAUACGAUCAAGACAUUCAAAAUGAAGGACGACUCCUCUGAGCAAUUCUUUGGCCCCAAACCAACCAACUUGAUCGACUGCUUCAGAAAAACGACAGGAAAAGCCGAUCAAGAUCUUCUUUCGAUAAUCAAAGAGGAUCCGAAAGAAGAUGCUCCGGAGCCAGAGAAAAAUAGCGGCCCCAAAGAUAUGAUAGAAGCCCUGACUUAUGAAAUGAAGGAAGCAAAAAUAAUAGCUUCAAAAGAAGAAGAGAAGAGCCAACCAAAAGAAGAACCUAAAAAAGAGCCAGAAGAGAAGACCAAGAAAUUGCGACCACAGACUCCAAAGGCCCGAAGAAAACCAAUUAUCGAAGAGAUUCCAGAAAAAGUUGAACCAAAAAUUCUAACACCUGAACACAAAACCGAUGAUAAACACGCUGAUUAUUGGAAAGUUCAAAUUGCUCUUCCGGGAGUCAAUAACCCCGCUGAAAUCAACUCUGCUUGUUCUGCAUCCGAAUUAAGAAUAGAAGUUUCUGGAAAGUAUAUGCUUUCUAUUCCCUUACCAAGAGGCCUGAAAGAUGAAACUGCAAAGGCUCGUUUUUCGAACAAGAAGGAAACGCUGACGAUGAAAAUUAUGCGCGAGCAAUCCAAAACGCAAACGACCGUCCCAGCUGCGGAGGAAUUCGUCGAUAAGAACUUCAUGGAAAAUAUUCGAAAAGCAAUGAGCCCCAACUCGCCAAGCGCACGCGGAACUGCUCAAGUUCAAUGA